AUGAACGCCCUUGGUCAGUUUUGGCCAUACUUCUCACUCCUCAUAAUGCUCAUCCUAUUUGCUUUAUACAAAGCCAUAACAUACAUUUCAACCAAAGUUGCUCAAUCCAACACCACCCGAAUCACCAACCAAACCCCGCUAUCGUUAGAGGUCAAGAUCACACUACCCACACGAAUCAUCUUCGGUGAUCCUGAAACCGUUGCAAGGUUUGAUUCGUCUGAACUCGUUCAGCUGCCCAAGAACAGGCUCGGGGAAGGCUCGUUAGGGACGCUUUAUAAGGUGGUUCUUGACUGUGGCUCCAUGAUCACUAUAAGAAAGAUAUAUAAGAGGGUUGGUUGUGUGAGUGAUUUUGAGUAUUGGGUCAGGUUUUUUGGUGGCAUUCGUGAUGAUCGUUGGCUGUUGCCCAUGUUGUUUGCGUUUUGGUAUGGCGGAGAGGCUUUUGUUAUUCAUGAGUACAUGUGUUUAGGUAGUUUAGAGGAGCUCUUACAUGGUAGCGAAGGUGUGCAAUUUGCACCAUUAAACUGGAAAAUCAGACAACAAAUAGCACUAGGAGCAGCAAAAGCAGUAGCAUGGAUUCACAGUCGAGUAACUAAAGCAGGCAAGCCUCUAGUUUGCGGUGUGAUCAAGUCUUCAAACUUCCUUAUACAAACCGACUUCACCCCUCGUCUUUCUGGCUAUGAAACACCAUACCUCAUCUCCCCUUCCAACAUCAUCAAAAGAAACUGUGGCCGAAUGGCCCCAGAACUAACACAAACAAGAAGUGUCUACAAAACUUUCACACAGUCAUCAGACGUAUACAGUUUCGGGAUCUUGAUGUUGGAACUUAUUACCGGGAAGAAACCUUCAGUCACUAAUUUGGGUCAAUAUGAAGCCGAGAAACGAAAGAGAGAAGGGCCGAAGGGGGUUCCUGACAAACGAAUGGCUGGUGUCACCGAUAACAUUUCAGAUAUAAUAAUGCUUGCGCGAAUGUGCCUUUCAUCUGAUCCUAAACAACGCCCUUCGAUGGCAGCUGUGGUUGAGACGAUUCAUGAUUCAAUCAGCUCUUGAUUGAUUGUUAUUCUAGCAAAUAUGCAUAAAUCUAGUAAAGUUAUCAA